AUGACACCAGAAGAAAGAGCACAACAAGUUCCAAGAGUUAAAAUUUUUGCAGGAAAAGCUGCUACAUCAUAUGAAAAUGCUAAGAUUAUUAUUAAAUUAAUUAACUCAGUUGCUGAUAUAGUUAAUAACGAUAAAACUAUAGACAAUAUGUUAAAGAUUGUUUUUAUUCCAAAUUAUAGCGUUUCACUUGCAGAAGUUAUUAUUCCAGCAAAUGAUAUUAAUGAACAAAUCUCAACUGCUGGAUAUGAAGCAUCAGGAACAUCAUGUAUGAAAUUCUGUAUGAAUGGAGGACUUAUUAUUGGUACAUGGGAUGGUGCAAAUGUCGAAAUUGCAGAAGAAAUUGGUGAAGAAAAUAUGUUUAUGUUUGGAGCUAAGAAAAAUGAAGUUGAAUUAAUUAGACAACAAGGAACAAGUUGUAUUGAUGAAAGACUUUAUGACGUUUUAAAAGCCAUUUCUGGAGGUAUGUUUGGUGCUGCUGAUUGGUUUAAUAAAUUAAUUGGACAAUUCUGGGGAGGUAAUGAUUAUUACUUAGUUGCACAUGACUUUGCUUCAUAUCUUGAAGCACAAAUGAAAGUUGAUGCUACUUGGAAAAAACCACAAGAAUGGAAUCAUAAAUGUGUUAUGUGUGUAUCUAAGAUGGGCAAAUUCUCAUCUGAUAGAUCUAUGAAAGAAUAUGCAGCUAAUGUAUGGAACAUUCAUCCAUGUCCAUUACCAGAGACUGACAUGAAUGAUAUGAUGGAUAUUGCAAAGAAACAAUUAUUACCAGAAAAGAAAUAA